CUCAGCGAUUUCAGCCAUAAAGCUGUUAGAAUUUGUCCAAUGUGACUGCAUUGGGCGAGCGUUCGGGAUUAUUCAGACGGUCCUGCAGCAUUGCUAGAUUUCUUGUUGAAUCGAUAUCAAAUCUUGUACAGUUCAUGUUGCGUUGUUUGGCCAGAAACGCGUUUGAGUAUCCGUGCCCUGUGAAGGUUCAUCGAACACGAAAAACACGUUGUUUCACCGAACGGAAAAUCAACCAAAAACAACACGAAUGCUGCCAUAACCUCCCGGGAACCAACGACAGCCACUGACAGAAGCCGGAAUGAAAAUGCAGUUUCCAAUAGUUCUAAUUCUCCCAGGUCUGUGCUUCCUCGUCUGUGAUGGGCAAUCAUGCAACACGAGGCGAUGUCAAAUGACUGGUCUCUACCAGGAGCAGACCAGCUCUAUCAAUACUGUAGGAGUAUUGUACUACAGUUCAGGCACCAAACAGCACGCCCGUUGGCGAAACGUGACGUAUGGCCAGCAAGUCUCUGCACUGUUUUCACCGGAUUCACAAUGCAACAUGAUAGUCCGCUACGUGAACUUCUACAUUCAAGGAGGAUCAGACUGUCAAACAGAUAUUCAAAUUAUCCGCGGAGGGAAGAUGGAAACGUGGCCCCACAUCGCACGUUGUGGCCGAACGGCACAAAGUUGUCUUCGAUGGCAUGGUCUGGAUUCACUGUCAUCUAACCUAAGGCAACAGUGUCCGCAGCCAUCUCAAGUGAGAGUCUUCAUCAAACCAUUGGUGGUAAACUAUACAGCCCAUAAGUGCAGUGUCAGUGCAAACACGAUCAAUAUACCGAUCAUCCGUCUCUUCAUGGAAUACACGACAGAGGAAGAACCCACUACACUGCCACCCAACACACGUAGAUCUGUGCCGACAAAUGUCAAAGCAAGGCCUACAACAUCCAUGCAUAUACCAAUAGAACCUAGAAAUACACCCAUUUCACCGACUUUCAUUGCGCAAGAGCAGGCCACACAGCCUACAUCCGAGGUCCAAACAUCAAUUGGAAACUGGGCACUGAAAACAUCAUACAGUUCUACAGCUUCGUCUUCGAAUGCGAUCCACAUCAGACUCAGUCACAGUGGAAUCAGUUCCACAACCGCAGUGUCCAACACAGCAACUUCAUCCGCACAGAGAGAUGACUCCAAUCGCAAUGUACCAUCAACGCCAACAAUGACUGAGCUGGGAGACUCUCAUUGGCCAUCUGUACUCAGCCAAGGAGCCAUACUAGGCAUUUCAGUAUCACUCAUUUUCAGUGGACUCCUAUUGGCAGCGCUCAUACUACGUAGGUGUCGAUCUUCCAGGAGGCACACGGAAGGCAGGACAGCUCCCAAAACUGGUGAGGCGGGCCAGAGCAAUUCAGUAGACCGUCCAGAUGCGCCUGGCACCAGCACGCACGAGAUCGCCAUGUACGAGACUGUGACAAAUGAUGCUUCGAAACGCUGCGAGGAGCCAGGACCAACGCCAGAUAACAACCCCUCCAUUGUUCCGAUGUACGAGAGCAUUGGGUAUGUCAGCAGCACAAAUAAAUCGUGUAAACUCACUGAAAGUUUUGCCUAUGGAAUCGAUUCGGAUACCAAAUAAAAUAUGAAUUAUCGCAUAAUAAUAUUUAUGCUUUACAUGUCCCUUUUUAGCAUGCCCAAUGACAGUUUCGAUUAGCAACUCCCCACCCACCAUUUCCCUUUCCGAUACGCAUUUAUCACGGUGCCACUCUUAACGCAUUAUUCGCAUAUUCAUGGAUCUCUGUUCUCCCAAAUGACAUGAUUUUAGCUUCCCUGAUUAUAUUUCUUAACACUGGAUCACAGAAUUACACUGGAUGUACCGGGUGUCAGCGGCCGUUGUGAUCAACCUUCGUGAACGGAUACGAUGAUUUAUUCUCUUUUUACUCUCUUUUUCAAACCUUACAUGCUAACUGUGUAGUCUUCUUACCGCUCUUAUUAGGGCAUACUUUCACUUCACUCUAAUAUAGGUUUUAGUUCUCUCCUUCCUGCAAUAUUCGACUCACCGAGAAACUUCGCGCUUUAAAGGAGCCUCUUGAAGUCUUCGAAAGUAAUCUUCUUUAAGCUCCCCCCCCCCGUCUUUAACAAUAUGUAUUUUGUUCUGACUUUACGAGUCGUUAGACCGCAUGGUCUUCUCGGCUCGUUAUCGUACCAAUCCAGCAUUCCAUAAGGCCUUGGAAUUUGGUUUCAUGUUCGGAUCAAAGUCACUGACCUCCCCCACACUGGAAUUUCCACUGAUAUCAAUACUCCAAGUUCGAUGGCUGUUGGUUAGGGCUAUAGUGCAGUCAUUAAGCUGAAUUUCAUGUCGUAGAAUGUUCCACUACUCCUUGUCAAUCUGUUGAUAACAUUGUGCACGUCUGUUUGUCCAAAA